AUGGCGUUCCUAUUCAAAUCGAAGAAAGCCCAACCGGGUCAACAGCCAGGAUCACAGGGCUUUCCGCCCGCCAGCCGGAAUAUACAUACAUCAGAGGGCUCAAUGCAAGAAAAACAACCUUUCGUGAAUGGCGACAGGCCGCGGGAUAUGGGCAGAAUCGUGUCCCCAACGCCCAGCGGAAGUAUAAACAACUCUUUGAACUCCGUCACCACUCCCGGCAGUCCUGACCCCAGUCGGAUGCGACAGCGAGCAGACUCGGAAACACAAGCUCCGCGAUCACAGUCAUCCGCUGGCACCGGCUCUCCCACAACGGGCUCGAAUGCUGCGCUCUACCCUUGGUCCCAGCGACGCCUGAAUUUUACUUCCUCAAACGCGAACCCAUUUCCUCGAUACGGCGCCGCAAUCAACUCAAUUGCUUCGAAAGAAGGCGACAUCUACAUGAUGGGUGGUCUGAUUGACGGUUCUACAGUGAAGGGCGAUCUCUGGAUGGUAGAAAGUAGUGGUGGAAAUCUUUCUUGUUUCCCGAUCCCAACGGUUUCGGAAGGUCCAGGUCCACGCGUUGGUCACGCGAGUCUGCUAGUAGGAAAUGCAUUCAUCGUAUUUGGUGGUGACACAAAAAUUAACGACAACGACGUUUUGGACGAUACCCUCUAUUUGCUUAAUACAUCAUCUCGUCAAUGGUCUCGAGCGAUUCCCCCCGGUCCUCGUCCCGCAGGACGAUAUGGCCACACUCUGAACAUUCUUGGAUCCAGAUUAUACGUCUUCGGAGGUCAGGUUGACGGUUUCUUCUUCAACGAUCUCGUUGCCUUCGACUUGAAUGCUCUUCAAAGCCCUACCAAUAAGUGGGAGGUCUUAGUCCGUAAUACGAGCGACGGUGGCCCGCCAGCGGGACAAAUCCCUCCACCACGAACAAAUCACACAAUUAUCAGUUUUAACGACAAGUUAUAUUUAUUUGGAGGUACAAAUGGCUCGCUUUGGUUCAAUGACGUCUGGUGUUACGAUCCAAGAACAAAUAGCUGGUCAGAACUUGACUGCAUCGGCUUUGUUCCUUCUCCACGUGAAGGACAUGCUGCGGCACUAAUAGGUGAUACUAUGUAUGUUUUCGGUGGUCGCAAUGAGGAUGGUAUCGACUUGGGCGACUUGUCUGCAUUUCGUAUCGGCAACAAACGGUGGUUCUCGUUUCACAACAUGGGACCUGCGCCUUCUCCGAGGUCUGGCCAUAGCAUGACUGCAUUUGGAAGACAGAUUAUCGUUCUGGCAGGCGAACCGAGCUCAGCACCGAGAGAUCCAACAGAACUUAGCAUGGCUUAUGUUUUGGACACAUCCAAAAUCCGCUAUCCAAACGAGACUGCUCCUAAUGGCGAGAAAGCUCCCGAUGGACGGAAAACAAGCAGUGAAAAGUCCGUGACACCCACUGGUCGGGUAUCAAGGGAAGCGCAAAAUGCUCCGGUGGAACAACCACGCCGGAUGACUACCUCAUACCGAGAAAGCAUGAUAGGCCCAAGUGUGAAGCCACAAAGUGACCCUUCUCAAGGCCCAGCGGGAUCAAGACUACCACGGGUAUCCAUUGCUCAAGCACCCGCAGGGCCACCCCCACCAGGCCAAGCGCCAACGCCUACUCCUCGAGUGAAUGGACAGGUUACACAGGGGUCUAGAAGUAAGACGCCGACUAAGCAAGACCGAAACUUCGGCCCUCAAGUUGAUACAGUGCGUGCUGCCGCGGUGGACCGUGAUGCGCAAUCACCGAACUUGAAGGGCUCUCCCUUGGAUAGCAAUCGGGCCCCAGCAGACACAAGUCCUAUCUCUGGUGGUCGCCGUACUCCAAAUAGUCAACCUCCGUCAAGGACCGCUGCAAGGCAAAUGGAGGCCGGAGAAGCAGCCCCUCUUAUGAGUGGACCGACAAGGCAAAGAUCACUGCAAAAGCAACGACAAAGAGCCUCUAUGGAUAGCACCGACGAAUCCAUUCUGGGAAGGCAGACAAGUAUGGAUGGUUCUGUUGAGUCCCGAAGUCAUAGGAAUUCCCGCAUACUGGGUGACGAACCCAGAUCACCUAGACUUACCCCUCAUCAAGAAGCGCUGAUCAAGGAGCUUGAAGCGGCGAGAAAUCGCAACGCAUGGUAUGCUUCAGAGCUUGCAUUGGCCCGCAAGGCUGGCUAUAACCCCAGUCCAUCUAGUAGCUCGACUCUUGAUGAGCGCCCUCCUGAUGCGUUUACCGAUGAAGACCGGCCGUUGAUUGAGGCGUUCCUUGCAAUGAGAGCGGAACUUGCUAAGAUGCAAGCCACGGUGGAUCGCCAGGCUGCGAUCGCCUCCAAGAGAGUAGCCGAGGUCGAACACCAACGCGAUGCUGCGAUUAGUGAAGCGGCGUAUGCUCGUGCCAAACUCGCUGCUCAUGGUGGCAGUCAACGUAGCACACCACAGUUGGAAGGACCGUCUCGCGGUGAUGAUGAUGCCGGCUCCGAUCGCGCGACAGAUCUGGGUAGAAGACUGGCCAUAGCCUUGGCCGCACAGGCUGAGAUGAAAUCGAAGCUAGAAGCUAUGACGGUUGAUCUCGAUCAAGAAAAGAGAGCUCGUGAGUUGGCAGAAGGGACAAGCGAGGCCACACGAAAGAGGCUAGCAGAAUUAGAAUUGCAGAAUCAUACGUUGGAACUGGAAAGUCUGAGAGCCGAACUCCAUCAGCUGCAAGCACAUGCCAGACAAGAGUCCGCGCUCCGUUCGGAGGCAGAGGCUAAUCACAAACAGGUCAGUAUUGAUAAGGAAGAGUUGAGCCAAAAAUUGGAAGAUGUCACGACACGCCUUAAAGAUCAUAGUGGUAAUAUGGCAUCACUACGUGAAGCCGUUGCAGCCUCUGCAGCCAAGGCUGCUUUGAUGGAGAAACAUCUUGAAGAGGAACGUGAGCGCCGAGAAGGUCUGGAACGAAAACUGCUACAAUUGAGGGCCGAUCACGAAGAGAGGACUGCUGAGUUGGAGACUGCGAACCGCCGUUUGAAAGAGGCCGAAGAAAUGGCCGAAAGUCAUGCUCGGGAGGCAGAGAGUCAUAAGCUUGCCUUCAUUUCCGGCCUUGAUCGUGCAUCAUCAAUCGAUUCUGAUAGCUCGAUUCGAUCGAUAACUGACCAGCGCGUUGUAGCUUUGCAAGGCCAAGUUGAGGCAGCUAAUAAGCUGGCCAGAUCCAACCAGGCAGCCGCCGACGAAGCUGCGGACAAAUUAAGGCGCGCGGAAGAACGUAUCGCGGGUCUCGAGGCGUACCAAGAGCAAGUCAGCCGUGAAGGUCUUCACCUUCGCCGUCAAUUGCAGACAGCCAUCAAAGACAGCCAGACUAUGGCUACGGAGAAUAAGGAGCUCAAAUCGCAGCUCGAGAGUCAGCAGCGCGACACAAGUGCUCUGGCAAUUCAACAUGGUGCUCUUAAAGAUCUUUUGGGCGAGCGCGGCGUCCAUGCUUCCGAUAGCCGAAGGUCCCCUCUGCUAGAUUCACCUGGGUCUCGCUUUGGUACCCCCGAACAAACACGUCUCCGCGACUUGGAACAGCAACUUCAGGCUAGCUUGAAGGCUCACGAAGAGACCAAGAUCACGUUUGAAUCGCGUGAGCAAGAAGCUGACCGUGCUUACCGGGAGAAAUUGGAGCAGCUCGAGAAUGACUACCAGUCCGCCGUUCAUUAUGUCAAGGGGACAGAAAAGAUGCUCAAGCGCAUGAAGGAUGAACUGGCUAGGUAUAAGACACACGCUGCUACUUUGCAGACCGAGCUGGAGACGGCGCAGAAGAAUGCAGAGCUAUCAUCGAGCUCUCCAGCUCCGGCGUCUUGGGAAAGCGAACGAUCCGAGUUGCAGAAAUCCCUUUCAGAGCUUCAGACUAAUAUGAGUACAUCUAUCACCGAUUUGGAGAGUCAAAUCACCAAGCUCAGGGAGGACCUUGCUGCAGCACAAGCUGACAGCCACGAGACUCGAUCGGCGCAUGAAGCUGCCAAGGAAGAACUCCUUGCUGUGGCAGACAGGUCACGUGCCGAAAUCGAGCAGUUGAAGGAAGAAAACUCUCUGUUAGAGUCUCGAGCAUUGCAUGCAGAGCAGCGGGUUACAAUGCUGCUUGAGCAAAUGGUCACCUCUGUUGACAACCAUCGCCGUCAAUCUCAGCAUGGCCAAGGCUUCAGCACCAUUUCACGGACUCAUAGUAACGCGUCGACAGCGACGGCCGGCGCAUUCGAUGGCGGCCGAGCUCGUGGCAAUAGCAAUGUGUCCCGUGACGAUUCGUUCCUGGACAACCGCAGUUCAAUGGCCUUGGAUUCGCUUGCCAAUGAGUUGGAUGCUCUUCGUAGUCACUGGGAAACCACCAAUCGUAGCCACCGUCUGAGCUCUACCUUUGAUUUAGAGGCAACUCCAACCAAGGAGACGCACGAGGGCAACACAUUGAGCGAGAGUGUCAGUAGCUGGCGACGGCGAUUGGAGGAGGAGGAAUUACGCGCGAGCAGCCCGGCUGUUGAUCUCUCUGACGGAUUGAGAACGCCAACUGCAGCCACUCAUGCAGGCGCAGCAGGGCAUUCUGGCAACAACAUGAUAUAA